ACCAAAGCGUAGCCCACAUGCGUUGCACCUGCGCCUCCACGUCCUUCUCUUCGUUCUGGUAUAGAGAAAUGGAGACCAGCGCCGUCCUGACAAGCUUUCGGCUCAGUUUUCCGAUCUGUCCCUCCCUCCACCACUCUUCUUCUCCGUCUCUCAAGCUCCAAAAACAGUUUCUUCCCCCUUCCCACAACCAUGUGCCGCACCACCCUUCUCCUCUCACUCUCACGCCUACUCCUUCUCUUUCAAAUGCGUCGUACAGUCAAACCGUUGAAUUAGCAGACAUAGAAUGGGACAACCUUGGAUUCGGUCUUCAACCUACUGAUUACAUGUACAUCAUGAAAUGUCCACACGGCGGAACCUUCUCGAAAGGUGAACUCAAACGCUUUGGCAACAUCGAAUUGAACCCCUCCGCUGGUGUUCUCAACUAUGGCCAGGGUUUAUUCGAGGGUUUGAAGGCAUACCGUAAGGAAGAUGGCAACAUUCUUCUCUUCCGUCCAGAAGAAAAUGCUCUUAGGUUGCAGAUGGGUGCAGAGCGCAUGUGUAUGCCUUCUCCUACUGUUGACCAGUUUGUUGAAUCUAUUAAAGACACUGUUUUGGCAAACAAACGUUGGGUUCCCCCUACGGGUAAAGGCUCAUUGUAUAUUAGGCCAUUGCUAAUGGGAAGUGGACCUGUACUUGGUCUUGCACCCGCUCCAGAGUACACAUUUCUCAUAUACGUUUCACCUGUUGGAAACUACUUUAAGGAAGGUUUAGCCCCAAUCAAUUUGAUUAUUGAGAAUGAAUUACAUCGUGCAACUCCUGGUGGCACUGGAAGUGUGAAGACCAUCGGAAACUAUGCUGCAGUUCUGAAGGCACAAUCAGUAGCAAAGGCCAAAGGCUACUCUGAUGUUUUAUACCUUGAUUGUGUGCACAAAAAAUAUCUGGAGGAGGUUUCUUCAUGCAAUAUUUUUGUUGUUAAGGGCAACAAUAUUUCAACUCCUGCUAUUAAAGGGACUAUCCUACCUGGCAUUACUCGAAAGAGUAUAAUCGAUGUUGCACGAAGCCAAGGGUUCCAGGUGGAGGAGCGACUAGUCUCUGUGGAUGAAUUGCUAGAUGCUGAUGAGGUCUUCUGCACAGGGACAGCUGUGGUUGUGUCACCUGUAGGCAGUGUUACUUAUCUUGGCAACAGGGUAUCCUAUGGAGAAGGUAUUGGAGCAGUGUCCCAGCAACUCUAUAGUGUCCUUACAAGACUACAGAUGGGUAUUACAGAGGAUGUGAUGAAUUGGACUGUUGAGCUGAGAUAGGCACAAAAAGAAAUAGCUGGCACUGCAUCUUCACUGAAAUCCCGUGCAAAUCUCCAAUCACUAGAACUAGUUCUUUUAAAAUUUUGCUUUUGGAUAUGAUUAGUUCUUGUGGAUAGUCACUGGGGUGUGUGUGUAUUGCUAUUGAAUUACCAUAGCAAGCACGUAAGGAAACAGUUUGCAUUUGUUUAUUUUCUUGCCAGUUGGAGAAGUCUUUAUCAGUGGAUUAGUUUAAGUUAUUUUUGGUUGAAAACUAGACUUUUUUUUUUUAAUUUGUAACAUUUUGUUUACCCUAUAUAUAGGGUGUAGUAGGAAAGCAUAUUUCUGGUUUCUAAGACUAGCGUUUUGGUGGAAGAGAAUAGCAGUUUUAUAUCUUU